GUUCUGGUUUUCUGCUCAGACCACGGCCACGACCACUUGACUCCAAGAUGCGAGGAUAUAAUGCCAACAGAAGCCAGCAUCAGGAUCAUCGUCCAGCGGCUCUACAAUCGGUUGGGCGAGAUUGCUGCCAGCCGUCUCAAGGCCUUGAGGGACGGCGGUACCCAAGAGACACUGGCUUGCAUCGCCGAGGCGAUCCGUGAGUACCAGGACCCCUUGGCUUUGCCCUAUGCCUUGUCCAUCGAGCGCUUCUGCCCAAAGCUGCAGCCGCUCGACGAGGACCCAGAGGCUUAUACAGAUGAGGAGGAGAAGUUUUAUCUCUCCCACAAGGGGCCGGUGCCUGUUCCGAUCGAGAGCGCCGUGACCCAUGACAGCAGUAUGCUCACUCGCAAGGAAGUGGUGUUGGCACGGGCCGUGUUCCAGUUCUGCGUGGAAGAGGGAAGCUUCCAGAUGACGCACCAGGACCUGCAAAAAGGCCUUGGCCGGGAGGAUCUCUCGGCAGAUCUUUGGACAAAGCUGCAACCUGCCCUUGAUCGCAUCGAGGGUGAGAGGUCUCGAGGCAUCAAGGCUGAGCUGUUCAGCUUUCUCCGGAAACUUUGCCCAGGAGCUCAGAAAAUGCAUCUUCGCAUGUUCGACGGCUGGCUGCAGCAGUUUGAUCAGAUGAUGGAGCAACAGAAGUUUGUUGAGGCUUGUGAAGAGAAAGUGGUGGUGCAGUCACACGUCAACAACCUUCCCAUCAUCCCAGAUGCAGAACUCAACCGCUUGGAAGCGCAAUUCAGGGCGAUCGAUGUCGAGGGAUCUGGCUGCAUCACCUUGGCACAGAUCGAAGCCGCCAUGGGCUUGGACGCCGAGCUGCUGAAGAAAUACGAUGUGUCGGCAGAUGGCUUCAUUGAUGUGCACGAGUUCGUCGCCAUGAUGUGUCCGGACCAUUGGCGACCUCCUGAGAUGAGUGGAUUUGACCAGGAGGUGUUGAGCAGCCUGCUCUGCUACAACGCCAGCAAGAUGCGCCAUGACCUGGAUACUCGGAAAUCUUUGUACACCGGAGCUGUCGAGCGCAAGAGUGCCAUGCCGGCCUCGAUGCGACCGGAGGUGCCGGAGGAGACGUGGGAUGCAUGGAAUGCUGUCUUCGACCGACUGGACACCUCCGGGGAUGGUGUGAUGUCAGCCAAAGAGCUGAGGUCUUCCAUGUUGCUGUCGCAAGAAAUCUGCGACCAGAUUAUCGCGGCCUCCAUGAUGGAAGGCAAUACCGGCAUACCACGCC